AAAGGUUUAUUUUGGACUGGAACGAUAUGGAAACUGUUUGCCGUUUAUAAUAAAUAUAUGUAUAAUGGUUGCUCCCCAAGAUAAUGGCGUGUACAGACCCUCAGCUAGCCUAAUACUAGCUGCUAAGGAGGAUUCCUCUGCGAAGUUUGACUACAGCUUACUUUUAAUCAAACGGAGCGAGCGCACUUCCUAUGCUUUGAAUCACUGCGUCUUCCCUGGUGGCGUGUUCGAUGCCGGAGCGGAUGAGUCUACAGAGUGGCUGGAAUAUUUUCGCUCCUUUGGCGUGACAGACGAGGAUCUAAAGCGGCUGAGCUGCGAUCAGGUGUCCGUAAGGGCGGAUUUCCUUUCCUCUGGCCAGAAUUUUUCCAGAGACAUCUCCCUGAGGCUGACAGCACUAAGGGAAGCUUUCGAAGAAGUCGGCCUGCUGCUGUGUGCCAACGAGGAGGGCAUUAGGAGUUGGCAUGCCACCACUGAGGGGGAACCACGGACUUUGCUCCUCCAGCCAGACGACCGCUCCCAGUGGCAGCAGCGAGUGCAUGACGAUGCCACUCAGUUUCUGGCACUAUGCAAACAUCUGCACGUCCUGCCCAAUCUCUGGUGCCUCCUUGAGUGGUCAGCUUGGAGAACUGCGGCCACGGCAAGCCGCAAGUACGAUACGAUUUAUUAUGUUACCGCUCUGAAAGAGCAGUCGAAGCAGGUGAGCCUGCUGCUAGAGCCCCAAGAGGUGGCCUCGGCGUACUGGCUUGACCCAGAAGCAGCGUGGACCCAGUCCCAAAACGGCACGAUAUGGCUGCCGUUUAUGCUGCUCUACGACACGGCACGACUGAUGAACCUGCGCCGUUGGGAGGAUCUCCUAAAGUUCUCUCGCCAGCGCAGUGCUUUGGGCACGACAUUGGUGCAGCCUGUGUACUACCGCUGCGAUGGCUGCAUGUUUGGAGUGCUGCCAGGCGACGAACUCUACGUGGACCAGCCGGAAAAGUGCACACAAUCCAUAAUGCUGAACGUCUCUGUUGCCGAACUUAACAGCAGCAGCAGGCAGUACAAUCGUUACAUCGUCUACGACUUUCACAAGGUUGUGCUGGCCUCAAACGUUCCUCCCUUCAAUGGCCAUCUACAGCUGCAGGAGCGCGUCAACAGCCAGCUCGCAAAAUUGUAAACAUUUGUGGGAUAAUUAUA